ACCGACCGCGCGGCCCCGCAGCCGCCGUGAACGAGCCGGUGCCCCCGGUCGUGCCCCGGUUCGCCUUUCCGUGGCUGUCCCCGUGGGCUCUCCGCGGUGCGCUCAUAGGCCCCUGCGCGUUUGGUUUGCCCCGGCAACCGGGAGCUGCUCUCCAGGGCCGGAGGCGACACCGCCGAAACCGAGCCCCCGGCAGAACGAAGGACGCGCAAACUCCUUUUUCCCGCAGGACACGACGCUCGUUCACGGCCCCGCGCUCCCGGGCUCCGUCGGGGCCCGGGGAGGCGGCGGGAAGGGCUCGGCGGGGCUCGGCGGGGCUUACCGUGGCCGAGGGCCGGUCCCGGGGGGUUCGCGCCGCCGUGGGGGCCGAACCGUGGGAUGUUUUGCCCGGACCGGGGCCAAAUCCCGGAGUUCGCGGCUCGCAACGAGCUCGGGGCAGCGGCCGGCGCUGCCUCCCCCGGCGCGACCCCCGCCCGCCGCCGGCCCCGUCGGGGUGCGUUUCCGGGCGCCCCGGGGCCGCGUCCCUCCCGCCGAGCGCGGCCGCGAAGGGGCGGCGGGAGGGGAUGUGCCGCCGGCCCCGGGGGCGGGGGGGAUUAAAUACAGCGCGCCGCGAUGCCCUCCCUGCCCGGCGCUUCAGACCGGCACCGGCGGCGAGGGCCGGCGUCUAAAAAUAACCCGCUUUAGCGAAUUAAAUCCCCGGCGCCGCGGGGGUGGCGGCGCCCGGAGCGGGGGGGACAGCAGCCGCUGGUUUGGGGGGGCCCGGCGGGGGGAGAGCGGCGGAAGAUGCGCCAGAGCCCGCGGCCCGCCUGAGGGAGCGGAGCGGAGCGGCCCGCGGAUCGCCAUGCAGCAGAUCCCGCUGUGCGCCGGCUGCAACCAGCACAUCGUGGACAGGUUCAUCCUCAAAGUCCUGGACCGGCACUGGCACAGCAAGUGCCUGAAAUGCUCCGACUGCCAGACGCAGCUGGCCGAGAAGUGCUUCAGCCGCGGGGACGGCGUCUACUGCAAGGAGGAUUUCUUCAAGCGCUUCGGGACGAAAUGCGCCGCCUGCCAGCAGGGCAUCCCCCCGACCCAGGUGGUGCGCCGGGCACAGGACUUCGUUUACCACCUGCACUGCUUCGCCUGCAUCGUCUGCAAGCGGCAGCUGGCCACCGGCGACGAGUUCUACCUCAUGGAGGACAGCAGGCUGGUCUGCAAGGCGGACUACGAGACGGCCAAGCAGAGAGAGGCCGAGUCUACGGCCAAGAGGCCCCGCACCACCAUCACGGCCAAGCAGCUGGAGACCCUCAAAAACGCUUAUAACAACUCGCCCAAACCGGCGCGGCACGUCCGGGAGCAGCUUUCGUCCGAGACGGGGCUGGACAUGCGGGUGGUGCAGGUCUGGUUCCAGAACCGCAGGGCCAAGGAGAAAAGGCUGAAGAAGGACGCGGGGAGGCAGCGGUGGGGGCAGUACUUCAGGAACAUGAAGCGAUCCCGGGGGACAUCCAAGUCCGACAAGGACAGCAUCCAGGAGGAGGGGCCCGACAGCGACGCCGAGGUUUCCUUCACAGACGAGCCCUCCAUGUCCGAAAUGAGCCACUCCAACGGGAUUUACAGCAACCUCAACGAAGCCUCCCCGGCGCUGGGGCGGCAGGCUGGCACCAACGGGAGCUUUGCCCUGGAGCACAGCGGGAUCCCGGCCCAGGAGCAGUACCACGACCUGCGCUCCGCCAGCCCCUACGGCAUCCCCCCGUCCCCGGCGUCCCUGCAGGCGCUGCCAGGCCACCAGCCCUUGAUCUCCAGCUUGGUUUACCCGGACAACGGCUUGGCCAUCAUGGGACAGAGCGGACCAGGGGUGCCCCAGCCCAUGAGGGUCCUGGCCGGGAAUGGACCGAGCUCCGACCUCUCCACCGGCAGCAGCGGGGGGUACCCGGAUUUCCCGGCCAGCCCGGCCUCCUGGCUGGAUGAGGUCGACCACGCUCAGUUUUGAUACAGGGGCCACCCCCAGGCAGUGGGAAGGGAAAGGACUCGGUGCUGUUAAAUGUCACCUGCUCUUGGGAAGGACAGAGGGACAGCCGAGAGUGCCGAGCGGGGCGGGAACGUGACACGGAGGGAGCAGAGGGGAUUUCGGAGAUGACCCUGGCACGAUGGUGGUGAUGAUGAUGGUGGACAAAGGCCCUGGCACUGCACCACUGGCACCCGGAGCGUCCCAACCAAACCGAUUCUCGCGUCUUCACCGAACACCAGGACUUGUGCUUUACAGAUUUGAUAUGAGGUAUUUUGCGUUUUGUUGUCGGUGCAUUCUCCAAAGCAAGGACUUGCCCCGUCACCCAUCCACACCGAAACAUUUUAAAGGGAAAAUAAAAUCCUCAUCCACGGUGAAAGGUGUGACAAUGUCUAUAUUUCUAUAGGAGAAAUGUUCAUAGUGAAUCACUUCAGAAAUCCAUGGUAGGAAACUUCUCUGUUCUUCCAACAGAUUUUUUAAAAGUGCACCAACGCGGUAUGUUUUGUUUUACUUUGAAUUUACAUUAACUUUUCUAAAAAAAAAAAAAGCUCUUUAAUAUGCCAAUCAUUUCUCAACAGCCCUUUUCCUUCAUAAAAAGAAAAUCAUAUGUUAAUUCUGCUUCUCCCCUUUUUAAUUUGUAGAUUGCUAGGUUGACUCUUCCAUAAGCAUUAAACCGUGAAUAGAUGUAUUUAUUACCAAGUAAUUCCACGUUCAUCACGAGGUCAAGAGGUGAAUUUUCUUGACCCAGACACACCGGUGGUGGAUCUGGGUUGUGGAUCUUAUGCUUUUCCUUGAAAUUUCUUUGCAUCAGUUUUACUGCAAAGCGUCUCAAAAAUCACCCUGAUGUCUUGUUGCCAAAAACCUUCUUGGGGGGUCGGGCUGGUUUAAGACGAGCCCUUCCCCAGGCACUGCUGGAGUCAGCACCCCCUUCCCUGGGGACACGUCCCUGCUCCAGGCAUUUGUGUAUUUCCACGGAUAUCGUGCAAGCUGAUUGUGAGGAAAGGCAAGACAAUGUGUAUAUUGUUAUCUGUAAAAAUUAUGGAAUUAACUGUAGAUUAUGUGGAUGUCCAGUGUCUUUUAUUUAUAUUCUCGCUCUCUCUCUGAUGAUCAAAUACUUCGAGCUUACAAAUAAAUUUGUCAGCUAAACUUCACAUAGUCUUUUGCUAAAUUCACAUCAAUAUCAGUAAAUAAAAAACCUGAAACUAAAAGCUCUUAAAACUUGAUGCC